GUCUCCUCCGCCGCCCCAGCCUCCUCCUCCUGGUGAGGGUGUGCGAGGCAGACCGAGCGAGGGGGACCGAGCGAGCGGGCGAGAGCCCGCAGCCCUGGCGCCCGCCGCCGCCGUCCGGACCUCCGCCGCAAUAUGCCGCCGCGGCCCUCUGGCUCUCGGCCAUGGCGAGGCUCAGCCGGCGCGUCCCUUGCACCCUGCUCCUCGGCCUGGCCGCCGUGCUGCUGAAGGCGAGGCUGGUCCCUGCGGCCGCCAGAGCUGAGCUCAGCCGCUCCGACCUCAGUCUCAUCCAGCAGCAGCAGCAGCAGCAGCAACGGCAGCGGGAGGAAGCCGAGGAGGAGAGGCCAGAGGUGCCCGGGGCAUCCUCUACCGUCACUGCUCCCGUGUCUGUAUUUAUGCUGAAAGUCCAGGUGAAUGACAUCAUCAGUCGUCAGUACCUGAGUCAAGCAGUUGUAGAAGUGUUUGUAAACUACACGAAGACAAAUUCCACAGUAACUAGAAACAAUGGAGCAGUGUUGAUAAGAGUACCCUACAAGUUAGGACUCAGCCUAACCAUUAUUGCUUACAAAGAUGGCUAUGUGUUGACACCUCUGCCUUGGAAGACUGGAAGAAUGCCAAUAUAUUCAUCAGUUACACUUUCACUGUUCCCGCAAAGCCAAGCAAAUAUAUGGCUAUUUGAAGACACUGUUUUAAUUACUGGAAAAUUAGCUGAUGCUAAAUCUCAACCAAGUGUUCAGUUUUCAAAAGCCUUAAUUAGACUACCCAACAGCCAUCACAUUAGCAACGUUACAGGCUACCUUACAGUCCUACAACAGUUUUUGAAAGUGGAUAAUUUUCUGUAUACGACUGGAAUUACUCUCAAUAAGUCAGGUUUUGAAGGCAAUGAACUGACUCCUCUUGCUGCAAUAUGUGUGAAAAUAUAUUCUGGAGGAAAAGAAUUAAAGGUGGAUGGCUCUAUUCAAAUUUCUCUCCCACUUCUACGUACAAAAGGUAUAAGUGCAGGGGAUAACAUACCUGCCUGGACAUUUGAUAUGAACACAGGUGCUUGGAUAAAUCAUGGCCGGGGAAUGGUCAAGGAAUAUAACAAUCAUUUAAUUUGGACAUACGAGGCACCUCAUUUGGGCUACUGGAUAGCAGCUCCACUUCCAGGAACUAGAGGGUCAGGUAUAAAUGGAGAUUCAAAGGACAUAACUGCCUACCACACAGUGUUUCUUUCAGCCAUAUUAGGAGGAACAAUAGUCAUUGUCAUUGGAUUUUUUGCUGUACUUCUUUGUUAUUGCAGGGAUAAGUGUGGUACUCCGCAGAAAAGAGAAAGAAAUAUCACUAAACUUGAGGUCCUCAAGAGAGACCAGACAACUUCAACAACUCACAUAAAUCACAUCAGUUCAGUCAAAGUUGCAUUAAAAACCGAGGACAAGUCACAGUUAUUCAGUGCCAAAAGCUCCUCGUACAACCCUCAGAAAAAGGAACCAUCAAAGGUAGAAGCAGAAGAAAGAGUUUCCAUGGUAAAAACUCGGGACAGUUUAAAAAUCUACAAUGAAGAUGUUUCAUUUCUGUCAGUCAAUCAAAAUCAUUACUCAAGAAACCCAGCUCAGUCUUUGGAGCCCAAUGUAGGGUCCAAACAACCUAAACAUAUUAACAACAAUAUAUCUUCAUCUCUAGGUGAUGCUCAAGAGGAAAAGAGGUAUCUCACAGGUAAUGAAGAUGUGUAUGGGCAUUCUCACAUUCCAGAACAGCUUAUGCACAUCUACAGCCAGCCCAUUGCCAUCCUUCAAACAUCUGACCUCUUCUCCACUCCAGAGCAGUUACAUACUGCUAAGUCAGCUACUUUGCCAAGAAAGGGACAGUUAGUCUAUGGCCAAUUGAUGGAACCAGUAAAUAGAGAGAACUUUACGCAGACAUUGCCCAAAAUGCCAAUACAUUCUCAUGUACAGCCUCCAGAUGCCAGGGAAGAGAAUAUCCCACUCGAAGGUCAACAGAGCUUGCCAUCCCAAACUUCAGAUUGGAGCCGGUAUUCAAACAGCCUACUAGAAUCUGUUUCUGUUCCUGGAACACUAAAUGAAGCUGUUGUAAUGACUCCCUUUUCAUCAGAGCUUCAAGGAAUUUCAGAACAGACCCUCCUAGAACUGUCCAAAGGAAAGCCCUCCCCCCAUCCCAGAGCCUGGUUUGUGUCUCUUGAUGGAAAGCCAGUCGCACAAGUGAGGCACUCCUUCAUAGACCUGAAAAAGGGCAAGAGAGCCCAGAGCAACGACACGAGUCUGGACUCUGGGGUGGACAUGAAUGAGCACCACUCAAGUAGAAAACUGGAGAGGGAAAAAACGUUCAUCAAAAGUAUGCAUCAGCCUAAGAUCCUUUACUUAGAAGAUUUAGACCUGAGCAGUAGUGAGAGUGGAACCACCGUCUGCUCCCCCGAGGACCCAGCUUUAAGGCACUUUCUAGAUGGAGGGAGUGGAGCUAUCAUGGAGCACCCUGGGGAAGAGUCCCCAGGAAGAAAAAGCACCGUUGAAGAUUUUGAAGCCAAUAUAUCCCCCACUAAAAAAAGGGGAAGACCACCACUAGUCAAAAAAGAUAGCAAGACUAACAUCUGGAAGAAGCGAGAGGAACGCCCACUGAUUCCCAUCAAUUAACACCAAGAGUGGUUGUGUCUCUGCUGUCUCGUGCUGUUUAUUCUUGCUUGUUGUUGUAAACUGCCGUAUGAACUUCUGCAGAAGUUGAGACUGAGCAAUCUCAUGGUCCCUGGACAUGUCUCAAGCAGAGUAAGUAGUAAAAUGGUAAUUAAGUAGUGAGAGAAAGAUACCAAGGAAUGCUUUUUCUGGCCUAUUCUUUUCAUUUAUUUUUGGGUGAUGAAUUUGAAGUAUCCAAGCGUUCAAAAUGUAAAAUAGCUUCAAGAUGUUAGUUAUCCAAAAAUGUUGCUCAGUCAGCAAGUUGAGUCCUGACUCUGAAGAAUAACAGUGAAAAGUGUACUCCUAAAGUUGCUUCCAAAAAUAUUGCUUCUGCUUUGAUGACUACCCCUGUGAAAUGUUUAGAAAUGAAACUGUAUUCUUCAGGCCUCAUAUUCUUGUGAAAUGUUACUAUUAUGUUCUCCACUGCCUAUACUUGAAAAUAACUUAAUAUUCUGGAUUGAUAUUAUUCUAGAGUUCAAAGGCCAAACCUCAUUUUCUUUCUUUUUUAAACAGCAUGUGUAUUGUUAUCAACCCAAAAGUAAAUUCCAUACUCACAUAAGAUGGGCAAGAAGCUACUUGGUUGUUAGAGAGGGAAAUGCCAGCUCUUUGGUUGUUUUUGGAUACAGCGUCACAGAAUAAAAAGGUGUUAGUUUAUUUAGAAAUCUGAGAAAUGAAUGCCCUGAUACUGAAUUUUUAUUUAAAAAUUUCUUACCCCCUUCCUCAUCACCAAAAGUGAAGUGAGCUUAGCUGUCAAGGAAAACUUUUUACCAAUCUAAAAAAAAAAAACCCAAACAUUCCUCCCCCUCCCCAAUUUUUAGUUUAAAACUCACUGAUACAUGUAGGCUAAAAUCAGUUUUAAGAUAUUUCUUCUAUUAAAAAAAAUUCAGUCACUUAAACACUAUUAAACUUGAUUUAAAAAAAUCAAUGAAUUGAAAGUUUCUUAUGAACACCCAAAAUUAAAAUAUGUGGAGCUAAAGGAAGUAAAUAUUUCAAUAUUUUCUGAAAUGUCAAGCAGAAAAAGAAAUGCCAUUUCCCUGAGACUCAAAAAUACCUUCAUGAUACUAGGUAUAUAUCCAGAUUUUUUUUUCCGGUUGACAUUCAUAAAAAAUGUUUGGGAAAAAGUUUCAAUUUCAUGGGAAAAGUAAAAGAUUUUUCUUAAAUCACUUAAAUGCUUUAAGUUAUAUAAAUAUAACAUUUUUCCAAGUUUGGAAGUCAUAUAUUCAUAUUCUUUUCAUCAUAGCAAAGAAUUCAGUGUGAACACAUUCAACAGCUGUUUUUAAUUAUGUGUUUUCAACUCUUGAAUUAUCAUUCAUAUGUCCUAAAAAUGAAGCUCUUUGUUAAUUAAAAUCAGCUCAUCCCAUUUUUCUUAAUUUCCAUAAAGACAGAUGUCUGAAGCAGCUUCCCCUUUCCCUUGGGGAAAAAAUGAAACUCAAUUGCUUUAUUUCUCAUGCCCUACUAAUUAACUUGGAAGCAACAUAGAGACCCAAGGCACAUAAACAAGUUGAAAGAACUAAAAUUAGCCACAUUAGCUUCAGCCAAAUUAUAUAGAUAUACAACAAAAGACAACAGCUUUUUCCCCAAGACAGUAGACUUCAGCCAGUUUUUUCCUGUAACCAUUUCUGAAGCAUCUAACCUGUCAGAUAACACUCCUACCUUUCUGUAUUAACCCAAAGAAUUUAAGACCUAGGCAAAAGUUUGCUAUAUUCUUCCGCAAUCCAUGGAAGAGGUAAAUGUUUUGGAUAAUACCUAGAUUUACUUUUUUUGGGGGGGGGGGAGUGAUAAGAUCCAAAAUUAGAAGCGGCUUCUUAUUGGUUUACACAGAAAGAUGUAGUAAAAGCAGCAUAAAUGAAAAUGAUUUGGAAAAGGUUAAGGAGUUAGUGCUCUGCUGAAGUGCCUUUGAUAUAGACUUGCUUUAUUAGAAGGAUAUGAUAACAUCUUUCUUAAAUAUGCAUUUUCUUUGUUAGCCAAAUUAAACAGAUGUGCAGUUUUUAUUAAUUAAAAAUAUAGACCUCGUGUUUCACGUUGGAACAAUGAAUUUUGCAUGCCAGUGACAUCUCUUUGUGUGUUUCUUUUUUGAAUCCAGUUUAUAUUGAUACAUUGUUUAUGUUGGAAUGAAGUUAGAAACUGUAUAGUAAUAUAUUGCACUUCAAUAUUUUAAGUGUAUAUUUUCCCCACCCUUAAAAAUGUUUAAUCUCUCAUCUUUGGUAAUGGAAUACACACAUUGAUAUAAGGGUAUACCAUUCAGGUAUGCCACUUACUCAUUCUUGUGUAAAGGAAAUGAGAAGAUGUAUCCCCAAGGGCUUUUCUAGAAAUACUUUUUUGGUUUCAGAAUAAAAUCUUAUUUUUUUAUACACUGCACAUUCUGUUCUCAAUUGGGAAGUAUAGGCAAUUUAUCUUUUCUAAUGAUCCAAAAUGUGUAACUUCUCAUUUGUGAGUAGUUCACAAAUUUCCUGUUAAAAAGCUGAAGCCAUCUACUUUUUCUUAACCCAAAUGAUAAUAAACCUACAAUAUUCACAACUUUCUUAAAAUUUUUAAAUUGAAAACCAACAGUUUUUUGCAAAUGAAAACCUUGAGAAUUUUGGUCACAAAUUGUUAACAUUUGUGGAUCCUUUAUAUAUACUUUGGAUAUAUCUCAAAGGCAAAAUUAUCCCUUAAUCAACUGAUGGAUCCAUUUACUAAAGCACAGCUAUAUGUAUUUUUGAAUACAUAUUAUGAUCUUGAAUUUAUAAAAUCCAUUUUUAUGACAUUUAUGCAGUUGUAUAGGGAUUACACCCUUUUAUAAUACACAGUAUACCACGAAGGUCACAAAUAUUGAGGAAUAAAAGCACUUUGCUUUGGCAGUCAUUUUCAGAUCACUUUCUAUGUGUUUGAAUCUUCUGGUAUCAAUACAUAGUAUAGAGUUUUAGGGAUCUGUGGGUCAAAUUGUGUCCCUCAAAACUUCCCAGGAAGGUGAAGCUCAAAGUUAUGUAUUCAUUUAUAGGGAAUGAAUUACUCAUUUCUCCAUGUACUAGAUUUGUAAAGAAUUUGACUAUGUUAAUUUCCAUCUCAGACCUAGAGUUGACAUUUUGCUCUCAUUUCCAAGUGUUUCUAUCUUUUGUAUUCUUUCAUCAGAGGAAUCUCACAUUUCAGUGUACUUAGUGCCAUUACUACGAUAUUUACUGCUGAAAACUGUUAACAAUCUGAAGAUUUGAAAAAUGUUAAACAUAGUUCAGUAAAGAUAAUAAAAUAAAUCUAAAAAUGUA